CUCUAGCGUUACUUUGAAUCAGUCACUGUCAUUUGUAUUAAAAUGAUAGUGAUGCAGCAUUUUUUUUAUUAUUCUACUCCCUUAAAGCGCUCGUGAAUCAAUUUCAUCCUUCGACCGUCGGCUGGAGUGAUGUCUCAUUCAUAUUUUCAAAAAGGGAAACGCCUAUCUGUUGAUGGUAUCUUGGGUUUUUAACGCGGAUCCUAUUGCAGCUGAUUUAAGGCGACUGCGCAGAGCUCGAGAGCCGCAGCAGAGGAGUCUCCACACAGCACUAAGCAGCCACCAUGGUCAAGACGAGAACACCCCAACUCACAAUCUCCGCUGUCACGAGAGGAAUAAUGUCUUCAACGUGAGGCACUUCUUAUAAAUGCAAACUGUAUGAUCAACCUGGAAAAUCUGGAACGACUUUCAGCUCUUGGCCUGAAAGGCAGUUGCGUUGCGCGUAGGAUCCAAAACCUAGGCAACCGAGAAAACUUGCAUUGUUGUUUUGUCCGGAGAAAACCCCACAUGAUGAAAUUUAAGCCCAAUCAGACAAGGACUUAUGACGGAGAGGGCUUCAAAAAACGAGCAGCGUGUCUGUGUUUCAAGAACGAUCGGGAGGACGAGGUUUUGCUUGUUAGCAGCAGUCGACAUCCAGAUCAGUGGAUCGUUCCAGGUGGAGGGAUGGAGCCAGAAGAGGAGCCUGGAGGAGCUGCAGUUCGAGAGGUCUAUGAGGAGGCUGGUGUGAGGGGCACCCUUGGCAGGCUUCUGGGGGUGUUUGAGCAGAACCAGGACAGCAAGCAUCGGACCUACGUGUAUGUGCUUACUGUUACAGAAACACUGGAAGACUGGGAGGACUCAGUCAAUAUUGGUCGGAAACGGAAAUGGUUCAAGAUCGACGAGGCGAUCCGGGUGCUACAGUGCCACAAACCUUUCCAUGCAGAAUAUCUCCGUAAACUCACUCCUCGCUGCGGCCCUAUGAACGGCAACACUCAGGAGCCAGUGAACACGGUUGACAACACCCCCCUCCAUCAGACAGCCUCACAUGACUGUGGACGGCCCCGUUUGCACAGAUAGAACUUCCACCAGAGGGCAUCGAUGCAAGGGAAACUUAGACUGGAAUGGGAAAGACAGUUGUGCAUGUAUAAUUUCAAUGUUUACUAUUUGAACCUCUUUUUUUUAAGUGUAGAAACCAAAGGCUUGUUAUGAAAUGCCUGCUGGUUUCUAGGUCAAUAUGAACAAGGAGAGUUAUUUUCAUAAAUUUUCAUUUGUAAACGUGCAUUUCAAGCCAAACAAGUUGAAGUUAUUUGAAGAACGUGAUGUUAAGUAUUAAGUGCAGAUCGAUGGAGACGAUAGCCAUGAUGGACAUUUUGGAAAUAUUAUUUUGACAUUUUGGAAGACUGAUGGAUGUGCCAAGGUUUGACUAAAUUUUUUUUUUUUUUUUUUUUAGAAAGGAUAUUUAGGAUUGUCUUUUGAAAUGCUGUCUAUUUAUAUCUAAUAGAUAACUAGGCAUAUUUGUUAGGUAUUGGGUAUAUACAAAUUCUUGAU